AAAAUGGGAAACAUUGUGUUUGGAGAAAAUAGAGGAUGUUUUGAAACAGCUGACUAUUGCACUCGUUCAUGCCCCGAACCAGCACAAUGCAUUUGGGUGGAUCGUUGUGGCGAUUCUUCCACUAGUGCACAUUAUGCUUGUUUACCUUUUGAUUUGCGUUUUUUAACAUGGAUAUUUGUUGGCUGUUUUAUUAUUGUCGUUAUUUGUUGUUCAGCCUUGGUUGUUUGUUAUGCUAUAAGGGCUAUACGACAUUCUCUUCGCCAUCCUAUACAAACAGAUGGAGAUAUUAUUUUUUACAAUGCUAGGAAUGUUCACCACUUUCCACACCCUGGAGCUAUAAAAUACACAAAUUCUGCAGAUCAAAGAGAAUAUAAUCUUAAAAGGAAUGGAUAUUAUUAUUGA